GAUUUUCGUCUAACGCUUUUAGGUACUGUACCUUAUUUUCGUCAUGUCAGAACAACAAACCCCGCAAUCUUCGGAUAAUCCAGAUCUUGGACGAAGAAGAGUAUCAACGAGGUCAAUAAAACGUAAAAAGUUCGACGAUGAAUUGGUCGAAUCAAGUUUAGCCAAAACCGACCGAGCAGGCAGAGGAAAAGGGGGAGCUGAACCUAAAACCCCAACAACACCAGCAGCAACAACAACAGCAACAACAACAAUAACACCAUCAACUAGUCAAGCUACACCCACAGCCACAACUAUUUCUACGGAAGGAACUGUUAAAGCUGAGAGCCCAGGUGCUUCCACGCCAACGCCAGUUGUCCCAGUAUUACCUGCAAGCAGUCAAAAUACUGAAAAGAAAAAACCAACGAACAAAUCUAUAUCCGCACCGAAAAGGAUAAGGAAAUCAAAAAAACCACCAGCUUCCAGAAAAGAUUUGGGAAGAUGGAAACCCCAAGACGAUUUAACACUUAUCACAGCCGUACAGCAGACAAACGACUUAAAGAAAGUCUAUACGGCUGUUAAGUUUUCCUGCCAAUUUAGUUACAGAGAAAUUCAAGAAAGAUGGUAUCUUCUUCUAUACGAUCAGAAAUUAUCCAAGGUCGCUGUUAAUGCAAUGAAACAGUUACAUCCUGAAUUAGUUCAAUCUAUUAUGGCAAAAACUCUAUUUAGCGAUAAAGAGGAAAAGCUGUUAUCCGUUAUACCCUCGCAGUCUCAGCCAACACUUGAAGCGUUUCAAGAAAUUUUAGAGCAAAAUCGGCAUAUUUUCCAUCCAGCAAGAUCUGCCAAAGCUUUACACAAUCAUUGGUCUCUGAUGAAAUUUCAUGAUUUACUUCGUGAUCAAAAUGCCAUAACGAAAAACAGUCUUGUUUGCACAUUUUCAGAUGCAGAAGAAAUUGUUAUGCAAGAUGAGCAUUUGUUAGAUGAAAUUGAUCAGGUUAUUGACGAAGAGAUGAAAAUAGAACAACGAAAUAAGAUGAGAGAAAUUAGGAAAUUAAAAGAAGAAAUUAAUAAAUUACAAGUACUAGUUGAUUCAGUUAUUGGUAUCAACCCUGUGGAUUUUGAUUCCCAAACUUGGGCUGUUCUGAAAGGUCGAUUAGUACGUUAUUUAAUGCGAUCAAAAGAGAUAACUAUUGGUCGAAAAACUAGCGAUAACUCAGUUGAUGUUGACUUGAAUCUUGAAGGUCCAUCCCAUAAAAUAUCCAGACGUCAGGGAAUAAUUCAAAUGAAUAUUAUGGGAGAAUUCUAUAUUGCUAAUGAAGGUAAAAGACCUAUUUUUGUGGAUGGUAGGCCUGUGUUAAGAGGUCAUAAAACAAAAUUAAAUGACAAUGCCACUAUCGAGAUCUCUUGCCUUAGACUUAUAUUCCUAAUAAACGAAGAUUUACUGAAUAGUCUGAGAUCAGAUUACGCUUUUGAAAAUGAAACCAAAUUUUCCAUUUCCGGUACUAUUGGUAUAAAGUUAGAAAAGAGUGAACAAAUUAUGAUAAAUAUUGAAGAAGAUGUUGUUAAUGAGUCUAUAAAAGCAUUUGAUACUCCUUCUUCGGAAUAUGGACAAUCGUUGUCUUUUAUAAAAGGAUACCAUUUAUUAAAUACUUCAUCAAUCAGUACCAUUGAUGCUUCAACUAGAGGAAAACUAUCGAAUAUAGGCAGAACACCUUGUCAUAAUAACUUUGUAACUUCUACACCAGCCUAUGCUCUUACUAAAGGAUUUAACAUUAAGAACAGUUUAUCGAGAAUGGAGGAUUGCAGUAUGAAUUCAAAAUUCGAUGACAAUGAAUCCAAAGACGAUAGACCAGACUUUAACGAUGAAACUGUCUUUUCUCAACAGAAAGAUAUGAAAUUCGAUGGAGAUAUAACAAAGAAACCUUUGUCUCGAAGUCGCCUUGAGUCUAUAGAUGUUAGCUUAGAAGAGAUGAAAUUAUAUAUUGAAAAGAUCAAAUUAUUAAAUUUGCCAUGCGAUUCUGUUGAGGAUUUUCACAAAGCUGAAGAUUUACUCUUAAAGGAAAAUCUUAGUAAAAUAUUGAAAAAAUGGCUUAUGAUUGAAGAAGGAGAUGAAAUUGGUCAACUUACAAGAUGUAUAUUAAGCCGUCUAAUUGGACCAAAUUUAGCAAAACAAAUGAAUAAAGGAAAGGUAGCUAACAUUGCGAAAUUAGACAGCCAAACUGGAAAAUUACUUUUUACUGGAACAAAAUUUUAUAAACCCGUUUACACUGCCAUAAUGAAGCAUCCUUCUCUGCUACAAAUGAGAGAUUAUGAAAAGCAUUUAGCUAUAAAUAGAGAAGUUGAACUUUGGUUUUUCAAAAUGAAUGAAAAAGUUUCAAGAAAAGCUAUUGAAUAUCCAAAUAACGCAGCCCAAUUUUGCUACGAUUGA